CCGCCAAAACAGAGCAGAGCAGAUCAUCAGGGCCACUUUGUCGUUUUCUAGCUGCUUAUUGUCAGUUUCAGUUUAAAAAGCUACGUGAACGUGCUAUGAAAGUGGCCGCGAGUGCGCCGGUGACGAUUGAUCUUUAGUAGUCUAUGAGCAGCAGUGUCUGGUGAAUUUGCUAGCGUAAAGGAAUUUCGUUUAGAACCGAUUGUGUAAUUGUUUUCUGUUAUUUUUAACCGUUGUUGCGUACAUACAAACAUAUUUACGAGUAUUUGUUAGUAGUUACUAAGUGAAUGUGGAUAACAGUAUUAUUUUGACAGCAAUAAGUGAUUAGUUAAUUAAAUUAAAAUAAUAUACAUUAUAUACACAAUUCUACAAGAAGCUUUUCAAAGCUUGAAGGAUAAAGACAACAGCUGUUCAUCUUAUAAAAAUGUUUCGCUGCACCAGGAAGCGCCUGAAAGUCACGUUAUUCGUAUUCAAUGCGAUUUGUGCUAUCAUGGGUGUAAUUCUAAUGUGGUUUGGAGCUUGGCUACAUAGUAAUAUAGGAGAAAUUGAUGUGGAUAACAGUGAAACUCUGGUCGCUACUAUAAUUGUAUUACUCGGCGCUGUAUUACUGGUGAUGGCGGUCUUUGGCUGUGCUGCAACUUAUAUGGAGUCCAAAAGCAUGUUGAUAAGUUAUGCUGUGAUUUUAGUCAUUUUGCUGGUCAUACAAAUAUUCCUUGUGAGCAUCAGCUACACGGCAGCUAGCGGCAGUCUCUCAAGCGGUCUACAACGGGGCUUCGAUGAACUUUGGGAUAAACGAAAUGCAAAUACAAAUACCACAUUGUCUUUCUAUGAAGAGUGGCUCCAUUGUUGCGGCAAAAGCAGCGCCAAUGACUAUUUUCUCAUGGACAAAGUUCCGCCGCCCAGCUGUUGCCGCUACCAGGACUGUACGAGCGUGCUAAAUCUCUAUGUGGAUGGUUGUGAGAAGAAAUUCGGCGAAUAUGUGAGUGAGAAGACAAGCAGCUUCAACCUCAUCAGCUGGUGUUUGAUUAUGAUGGAGUUCAUUGGCUCCGUGAUUGCUUGCAUUUUGCUCGAUAGCAUCAGAAAUUAUCGCGAUCGCAUACGGUUCUACAACUGAGUUGUGCUGAAAGUUGGUGAAAAUGCAAAUACCUCGUUCCUUUGCACUG